AUGGGAAUCCUCUCAAAGAUGGCGGGUUACCCCCGCAUGAUCCUUGCUGGAGGUCCUUCAAAGAUCGAGCUGGGAAUGCUGUUCGUCGGCUUUGUUGCUGCUUGCGCAUCUGGUGUCCCAUUCCCUUUGAUUGGCAUUCUCUUCGGUCAAUUACUCGAUGACUUCAAUGAGGCUACCUGUAACGCCUCCGCUGGGACUGCGACUGCCGCAUCUAAUUCCUCAGAGCAAGGCGAUAUCAACUCCAAAAUUUUGAUCAUCUUCUACCUGGCCAUCGCGCAAUUCUUCACAAUCUACAUUCACCUUUCCUGCUGGACCACCUACGGCGCACGUUUAGCGCAGAGACUUCGUGAAAGAUACCUACAGAACUUGCUGCGACAAGAACCAUCAUUUUUCGACAAUCUUCCUCCUGGUGAGGUCGCCUCGCGAUUGAACACGGACAUCCAGACAAUUCGCUCAGGAUCAUCCGAAAAAGUCGGAAUCUGUAUUUCAAGUUUCUCCUUCUUCGUUACGGCCUACAUCGUCGCCUUUAUCAAACAAUCUGUGCUGGCGGCUAUGCUCAUCUCGCUGAUUCCCGCCUACUUCUUGAUGUCAUUUAUCGGAAGUUACUACAUCGAGAAGUACUCUGCCCGCGUAUCGGAUUAUGCUGCGUCUGCCGCCUCGAUUGCCUCCGAGGCACUUUCAAAUAUUGUCGUCGUCCAUGCCUUUGGUGCAAAUACUCGCUUGGAAGAGAAGUUUUCCAAAGCUCUCAAGGAGAGUGAGCGCGAAGGAAUGAAGAAGGCUACCGCUAUUGGUGUCCAAGCUGGAUUCCUGUACUUCAUUGCUUACUCGGCAAACGGCCUAGCUUUCUGGCAGGGAAGUAGGAAGGUUGCGGAGUCAGUAGAUGAUUCCAAUGUCGGCUCUACCGUUGGUUCGGUGUUCACCGUCAUCUUCAUUCUAGUUGAAGCUACUUUACUCCUAAGCCAAGUCGCACCAUUCCUCCACCUUUUCACUGCCGCAGUUGCCUCAUACGAGAAGCUUCGUGGAGAUAUGGAACGUGAACCUCAGAUCGAUGGUACUACCGACGCGGGUAUUCGUCUUACUGAGGCACAAGGAGGAUUUGAAUUCAACAAUGUCUCAUUCUCCUACCCAUCUCGACCCGAAAUCACUGUUCUCGAUAAAAUCAGCCUAAGCAUCCCAGCAAACAAACACACAGCCCUUGUUGGCCUCUCGGGAAGUGGCAAGUCGACUAUUGCUGGUCUUGUCACACGAUUGUACGAUCCAAACCAAGGAGAGAUUCUGUUCGAUGGACAUAAUCUGCGGGAUAUCAAUACGCGUGAUCUGAGAAGUUUCCUUAGCCUGGUGCAGCAGGAGCCAUCACUCCUAGAUCGCUCGCUUCUGGAAAACAUCGCUCAUGGUUUGAUGAGUUCCAGUAACCCCGAGCACAAGGAGCUGAAGGCUGCACUUGUAGCAUCUGAUCUUGAGGGCCUUGCCAGUGAAGUCAGAGAUGGCAUGGAUUUGAUGACCGCUGCCGAAAUUCGUGGAGCCGAGGUUGUCAAAAUCGUGAAACUUGUUCAAGAAGCUGCUGUUCUCGCAGACGCAGACGGUUUUAUUUCCGCUCUCGACUAUGGCUAUGCUACUAGUGUUGGUUCCAGUGGUCGUUUGAUCAGCGGUGGUCAAAAGCAACGUGUAUCUCUCGCAAGAGCUCUGAUCAGAGACCCCACGGUGCUCAUCCUUGACGAAGCUACCGCCUCCCUCGACUCCCGAACUGAGCGUCGCAUCCAAGACGCUAUCAACAGAAUUUCCAGCGGCAGAACUAUGAUCACAAUUGCUCAUCGUCUAUCAACAAUCACCAACGCCGACAACAUUAUUGUCAUGCACAAGGGACAUAUUGUGGAACAAGGCACUCAUUCAGAGUUGAUGGCUAUGAAUGGAACCUAUGCCAACCUCAUCUAUAUGCAGGGACUUGGUGGUAGCUCCGGAAAGACCGACACCAGUGUUAGCAUUGACAGUGUGAGCAAGUCCGACCAGAGUUCUUUCACAGACACAGAAAUUGAGAAGAGCGGUUCCAAUGAUAUCGCACCCGACGAGAAACGCAAGGCCUCUGCAACUGAAAUCCAGGUUUCCGCUGCUCCAGAAGAAGAGGAAGAGCCGGAGGCCCCCAAGAAAUCAAUUUGGGCUAUUCUGCGCGGAUAUGGUCCAGCUCUAAAGUCGCACUUGUUGAUCUUUUUCGUGGCUUUGAUCGGAUCUGUCAUUGUUGGCGGAGCGUUCUCCGGCGAGGCUGUCAUUUUCGGCAAUACAGUCGGAAGCUUGAAUCCUUGCAAAAGCGCGGAUAGUAUCCGGUCAAGUGGUAACUUCUUUGGACUUAUGUUCUUCGUUCUUGCUAUUAUUGAGUUCUUCUCAAACCUUGUCAGCUGGGCAGGGUUUGGAUGGGUCUCAGAAAAGAUGGUUUAUACCGUCCGCGUUCUGUCUUUCCGCUCACUCUUCGAGCAAGAUCUGCAAUGGCACCAGUCCAAGGGCCGAACACCGGCUCUGCUUCUCUCUUAUAUCACCCGAGAUGGAAAUGCUUUGGCUGGCUUGAGUGGUUCGGUCAUUGGAACCUUGAUUUCGAUCACAGUCAAUCUUAUUGCUGCAAUUAUCCUGACGCACAUCAUCGCCUGGAAGAUUGCACUGGUUUGUCUGGCGCUAGUGCCUCUUCUCUUGGGAGCAGGCCUCAUGGAGCUCCACGUUCUGGGUAAAUUCGAAGAAAAACACGAAACCGCAUACACAAAGUCAGUCGAUAUUGGCGUGGAAGCUAUUACUUCUAUCAAAACAAUCGCUUCGCUCUCUCUUGAAAAGGAUAUCCUCAAGAGCUACCGAAAGUCUUUGAAGGGUCCCCGGAAGGAGACCCUAAGAGUCACCCUCCAUGCCAGUCUCUGGCAAGCAACAACAUAUUUCUUAGGAAAUUGCGUUAAUGCUUUGGCGUACUGGUGGGGUGCUAAGCAAAUUAUUGCGGGCACUUACACUCAAACUCAAUUUUUAAUUGUUGUUUUCUCUCUCCUUGUCAGUGCUCUUCUCUGGAGUCAAAUGUUCGCCCUCGCACCUGAACUUACAAAUGCUCGGAAUGCGAUGGCUCGCAUCCUUGGCCUAAUUGAACUUGGAUCUGAAAAAAUGAGUGGAAAGGUGCCAAGUCACGAUGAGACUGAUCGCUUGAAUAAUAACGACCCCGAAGCAACUGCAGAGCCGAAGCCUAUUAUUUCCGAUGGUCAAGCUUCGGGUGUUCAGUUCCACGAUGUUCACUUUGCGUACCCAGCUCGUCCAGAUAUGAAGGUUCUCAACGGAUUGAACAUUGACAUCCGACCGGGCAAAUUUGCUGCUCUGGUUGGACCUAGUGGUGCCGGAAAAUCGACAAUCAUUUCGCUCGUUGAGCGUCUCUAUACACCAGAAGCCGGAUCCAUUCUUGUGGAUGGCUUUGAUGUGACCAAGGGACAUAGCGUCUCUUUCCGUGACACUAUCUCGCUCGUGCCUCAAGAGAGCGUGCUCUUUGAAGGAACCAUUGAGUUCAAUAUCAGCCUUGGUGCCGCACCUGGACGUGAUGUUACCUUGGCCGAAAUUGAAGAGGCCUGCAGGCUUGCAAACAUUCAUGAGACUAUCAUCGGUUUGCCAGAUGGGUAUCAGACUAUGUGUGGACCUAAUGGAAGUCAAUUCUCGGGAGGUCAGAAGCAACGCUUGUCGAUUGCUCGUGCUCUUGUUCGCAGGCCAAAGCUAUUGAUUCUUGAUGAGUCAACCAGUGCUUUGGAUGCAGAGUCUGAGAAGCUUUUGCAAGAUGGCCUUGAGAAGGCCGCGAGAGGCAUCACUGUCAUUGCCAUCGCCCAUCGUUUGCGUACGAUCAGAAAGGCAGAUGUCAUUUUCCUGAUCGAAGCCGGUCAAUGCGUUGAUCAUGGAUCGCAUGAACAGUUGCUCGAGAGAUCGGAGAGUUAUCGGGCUAAUGUUAUGCAUCAAACAGUGGCCACGGAAUGA